CCUCAUCUCUCUUGGUAUCAUCAGAGCAGCUGCUGAACACACACGCACCUCCACGCUCACACUGAAUAUGCCGGGACUGUUGCUCGGGGACGUGUUUCCUGACUUCGAGGCAGAGGCCACCACUGGCACAAUUAAACUCCACGAGUUUCUCGGUGAUUCAUGGGGAAUCUUGUUCUCCCACCCCAGUGACUACACCCCCGUGUGCACCACGGAGCUGGGCCGUGCUGCCAGGCUGCACGGGGAGUUCAGCAAGCGCGGCGUCAAAAUGAUCGCACUGUCAGUCGACCGCCUGGAGGAUCAUCACAGCUGGAGCAAGGACAUCCUGGCGUACAACUGUGAGGAGUCGGCCUGCUGCUCGCUGCCCUUUCCCAUCAUAGCGGACAGUAAACGGGAGCUGGCAGUGGCCCUGGGCAUGCUGGAACUAGAUGAGAAGGACAAAGAUGGCAUGCCGCUAACUGCCCGCUGUGUGUUUAUCAUCGGCCCCGACAAAAGGCUGAAACUGUCGCUGCUCUAUCCUGCCACCACAGGACGCAACUUUGAUGAGAUCCUGAGAGCGGUGGAUUCGCUCCAGCUCACAGCGGGGAAAAGAGUGGCCACACCUGCCGACUGGAAGCUUGGAGAGUGUGUGAUGGUUCCUCCGAGCAUGUCUGAGGAGGAGGCUGCUGCUUUGUUCCCAGAAGGCGUCUACACCAAAGACCUGCCCUCUGGCAAGAAGUACCUGCGCUACACACCACAGCCAUGAACACUGACUUCUGUCACACACACUCCAUCUUCACACCGCAGGUCCUCAACACCAGCAGGCGGCCCAGCUGUGAGUUAAAGUAGGAGGAAUGAAAAUACAGUCGAAUUUUAGAGCAACGUGCUUCAGUCAUGAAAUGGUUGAGAUGGGAACAUGUGUGUAUCACUCAAAGAAUAAAAUACAUAUUUUACAACUAGAAUGGCAUUCAGUAGAGCGCAAACCACUCUCAAGGCCCAACAGUCCUCUUAAAUUUAAUCUGACUCCUUAAUGUACCUGAUUUUCAUCAACAUCCAUGAAUUAUUCUUUGGGGAAAUAAUAAAAUGUAGAGAAACAUGGCUGACCUUGCAAUGUUAAACAAAAAUCCUUUGUGUGGAUUCACACCAAAACUUAAUGGAUUCUUCUCUGACCACUAUCACAUCCUUCAACCAAGUUCCGUUGAAAUCCAUUUUGUAGUUUCUGCAUAAUUCUGCUGAACACUCAAUAGAGAAAAAAGACCAAAAGUGCCCUUGAGUUCAGCCAACUCACUGCACCAAAUUUCACACACACAUAUGGCAGAUACCGGUUCCUGUAAUGUUCCAUCAAUAACCUUUACCUAUUCCCUGGGAAAAAGGUGAAAAUGUUGAAAAACGUCCCAUCUCCAGAUGUUAAUGAAAGUGAUAAAAAAAUCCUGGAUUGGCACUAAAACUGAAGGGGAUCUUUCCUGACCCAAGUUUAAUCGAAAUCUUUCACUUGAUCUAGUGUAACCUUGUUCACAAACAAACAAAAGAACAGAGGUGAAAACAUAACCUCCUUGGCAUACGUAAUAGAAAGGAUUUUCUAUGAGCAAUGAUUCUGACUUGUAUAAAAAGUCAAUAGAAUUGGUUAAAAUAGUUUGAAUAAUUUGCGUAUGCAUUUGGGUCGCUCUGUCUUCUAUAGACUGAUGCAAAAGGAAGUGGAACCUGUGGUUAUAAACACACACGAUGAAAUAAUAGCUGCAUUGAGCAAAUAUUUCAUCAGCCUCUCCAUUGUCCCCAAACCUCAUUUAUAGUCUACAGAAUCAGAAAAGAAUGCAGAAAAGUCUCUUAUCAAAUAACUUAUUGUAAUAACUUGCGUAUUUGUUGUGUCAGGCUGCGCAAAUUCAUUGACUGAAAAUAGUAUGGUACUUGCAUUUUAAUGGUAGUGUGUGUGAUGUGUGCAUUUCACCUUUGUGAGCGAAUAAAAACCGUUGUGGUUGCUGUUUUCCCUCUUAA